CUCUCCGAGCUGUUUCGUGCGACCUCUCUAUUUAUCUCUCUCUUUCUUCCGUCUUUUUUUUUUUUCUCUCUCUACAGAAUCUCUUCUCUUCGAGCUGCCAUUAACCCAUUCAACGAAUAAGCUUCUCUUUGCUCUUUCUUCUACCAUCUCAGUUGAAGGAGAGAGAGCUUUGACGAAAUAAAUCAUACUGGGGAAUGGCAGAGACUGUUAAUGAAGACUCUGGAGUGGGACGAUCAGUAGAGGAGAGUUCAAAUGGACAACACAGUCAAGUGGAGAAUGGUACCCCAUCGACCUCGCCCUCUUACUGGGACAUCGAUGAGGAUGAUGAUUAUGGCCUUAAACCCUCUGAAUUAUUUGGAAAACAUACAUGGAAGAUAGAUAAAUUUUCAGAAAUCAACAAAAGGGAGCUCCGUAGCAGUGUUUUUGAAGCUGGCGGCUACAAAUGGUAUAUUUUAAUUUAUCCACAAGGAUGUGAUGUUUGCAAUCAUCUCUCUUUGUUUCUCUGUGUUGCAAACCAUGAAAAACUUCUUCCAGGCUGGAGUCAUUUCGCGCAGUUUACUAUAGCUGUGGUGAAUAAAAAAGACUCAAAGAAAUCCAAGUAUUCAGAUACGCUUCACCGGUUUUGGAAGAAAGAGCAUGAUUGGGGAUGGAAAAAGUUUAUGGAGUUAUCUAAGUUACAGGAGGGGUUCAUAGAUGAUUCUGACUCUCUUACAAUUCAGGCUAAAGUUCAGGUGAUCAGGGAGAGGGUGGAUCGACCUUUUCGCUGCCUUGAUUGUGAUUAUAGGAGAGAGCUUGUUAGGGUGUAUUUGGGACAUGUAGACCAAAAUUGCCGACGUUUUCUGGAAGAGAGAAGAAGCAAGCUUGUGAGGUUGAUAGAGGACAAGGCAAGAUGGACGAGCUUCGGUGCUUUCUGGCUAGGGAUGGACCAAAACUCUAGGCGUCGGAUGUCUAGAGAGAAAAUGGAUGUAAUCCUCAAAGGAGUAGUAAAAGAGUUUUUCAUAGAGAAGGAAGUUACAUCCACUUUGGUGAUGGAUUCCUUGUACAGUGGGUUGAAGGCUCUUGAAGGCCAAACUAAGAACAAGAAAGCUAGGCCAAGAUCAUUAGAUGCCAAGGAAUUGCCAGCUCCGGUUGUUAGUGUGGACAAAGAUAUGUUUGUAUUAGUUGAGGAUGUGCUGUUACUCCUAGAAAGAGCUGCUCUAGAACCAUUGCCGCCAAAAGAGGAGAAAGGUCCUCAAAACCGUACAAAGGAUGGCAAUGAAGGAGAGGAGGUCAACCAGGAAGCCAUUGAGCGUGAUGAGAGGCGUUUAACUGAGUUGGGUAGACGAACUGUAGAGAUAUAUGUUCUUGCCCAUAUCUUCAGCAGCAAAAUCGAGGUUGCGUAUCAAGAAGCUAUAGCGCUGAAAAGGCAGGAAGAACUAAUUCGGGAGGAAGAGGAAGCGUGGUUGGCAGAAACCGAACAGAGGGCCAAAAGAGGAGCAGCUGAGAGAGCGAAGAAAUCUAAGAAGAAACAGGCAAAACAGAAACGGAACAAAAAUAAAGGGAAGGAUAAAAGGAAGGAAGAAAAGGUGAGUUUUGCAACACAUGAAAAGGAUUGCGAGGAAAACCAACAUGAUGAGGAAGAAAAGGAUUUUGUCACAGAGAAAGCACAGUCCUCAGCUGAAAAGACUGAUACUCUUGGAGAUGUGUCCGACAUUUCUGAUUCUGUGGAUGGUCUCGCCGACAUUCUUCAGCCUGAUUUAGAAGAUGGGGACAGUAGCUCUGUUCAUUGGGAUACCGACGCCUUGGAAAUUCAUCCUCCGGCAUCAGGAGGGAGCAGCAGAGGAAGCGGCAUUUCCAUAUCUAGACCCAAUGGAAUUGCAGAAAGAAAGAAUCAGUCCACUAUGGAUGAUAGUUCCUCGACCUGUUCUAACGAUUCUAUCCAGUCGGGGGUUACCAAUGGGUCUUACAAAGGAAAUGCCUUGAAUUGUCGAAACCAGAAGUCGCUAAACAAAGGAAAGAACCAACAGGUAAAAGUGAGUGAAGCAGAUGAUCAGCCUUCAACACUCGGAACAGACCCAAAGAGUCAGAAUUCUUCUUCCGAAUCUGAUUGGGUUGUUGUCUCCCACAUCCAGGAGCCAGAGAGCUCUUGGAAUCGUGGUCCCGUCCGGAAGGAUCGCAACGCCGCUCAAAUCACUGCGAACUCAGUUGACAUGGAUCGACCUAAAGUGAAAAGCGCUGCUGUACUUUCUUUUCCCAGAACUGCUGCCAAGAAUUCUUCACCCUUGACUCAGGCAAAACCGGAGAAAAAGAGCGUUUCAAACGCAGACGCUGUUCCAAACAGGAAAGUAGUGUCAGCAACUGGACCAACUUCAUCAAGUCAAGUAGCGCCGCCAUCUUCAGAUAUUCAGUCGCAAACUGUUGGUCUCAGAGCUGAUAUGCAAAAGAUCUCUGCUCCAAAACAACCUGCACCAACAACAACUAUAUCAAGGCCUUCUAGUGCUCCAAUAAUUCCUGCGAUGCAACCCGCCCCGACCAUCAUCUCCUCGUCGGUUCAACCAACAACAUCCCUUCCUCGCUCGGUUAGCUCAGCUGGUCGUCUAGGUCCGGACUCUUCACAACGCAACCAACAAACUUACAUUCCUCAAUCCUAUAAACACGCCAUAGUCGGUAACUCUGUUGGUUCAUCAUCUAGUCUCAACCACCACCCAAGCUCUCAUGGAGUUGUGCCAACCACUUUGCCAUCAGCAUCUUACUCGCAAACACCACCGACAUCAUCUUAUCAGUCAAGCUUUCAAUUCAGUCAAGAUGGGCUAUUGUGGACAGGACGGAGUUCAAACCCUGUGAACAUGGGCAUGAACAACCCUUAUACACCCGCCGUGACUAGCAACAGAUCUCUAAACCACAUGGACAUUGAGAUGGCGCGACAGCAAGCUCAAAGCUUAAUGACCGACGAGUUUCCUCACCUCGAUAUUAUCAACGACCUGCUCGAAGACGAAAACUGCAGCAACAUGGUGUUUGAUGGAAGCAUAUUCAAUCCACAAGCCCAAGUGUUCAACAACCAGUACUCAUACCAUGGUGGUGGUGGUGGUGGUGCUGAUGUAGGUGUCUCAGGUGAGCUGUUGUCUAAUGGCAGGUCGAUGAGUUUUGGAGAGGAAGGAUUCCAUUACAUGCCGCGUGUCACGGCAGGCGGACCAUAUGCAGAUGGUUUGAUACCGACGCAAUGGCAAAUGGCGAACAUGGACUUGUCUUUACUAGCGAUGAGGAACAAUAGCUUGGAAGAUGCAACAUCAUACCACCAUCACACAUACUUUGGGUUGGACUCUUCGAAUCCGAGUUUUUCGUCUGGGAUUAAUGGCUACACUGAGUUCAGGCCGUCCAAUGGUCACUGAGAAACGAAGGCCGGUCUAUAAAUACCUCAGCAGCAUGAUGCAUGAAGGGGGAUCUUAAUUUUUCUCUUUUUCUUUCAGGGAUUGGGAUUUGUAAUAUUUUAUAGAAAAGAAAAGAAGAAAAUACAGUUUGUGUAAAGAGAGCUGUCUUGUCUUUCCUCUACGUUUCAAAUAAAUUCCGUUUUUUUUUUUUAAUAAGAUAGUUUUCG